CCCGGCGGCCGAACAGAGCAGCAAAGCCGCGACACGAUUCGCCUGGCCUUCCUCCCUUGGUGUGUCUGUCUUCCUCCUCCUCCAAGCAAAAACCAAACUCUCAAACCCACCUCCGCCUUCCUCCUCCCCCUCAGGCCCUCCUCCCCUCUCCCGGCGCCAUGAGAGCGCGGGUUCUCUAGGACGACCCCUCCUCAGCCACCGCCUCCUCCUCCGCCGCCGCCAUGUUCGAGGGGGUGGUGAGCCAGGUGCUGGCCGGCCUGCUCGGCCGCUACGUCAAGGGCAUCCAGAAGGAGCAGCUCAAGAUCGGCAUCUGGAACGAGGAGGUACUGCUGGAAAACGUGGAGCUCAUUCUGGAAGCCUUCGACUACCUGCAGCUGCCGUUCGCGCUUAAGACUGGACGAAUCGGGAAGCUAAGCAUAAGGAUCCCAUGGAAGAAACUCGGGUGGGACCCUAUAAUUAUUGUCAUAGAAGAUGUGUUUGUAUGUGCGUGUCCGCGGGAGGAUUCUGAGUGGAGAUCCGGGUCUCUUGAUAAGAGAGAACUAGCUGGGAAAUUGGCUAAACUUAAUGCUAUAGAGCUUGCUAAAUUUUCCAGAAGAGUGACAGAUAACCAAACGGGGCAAUCACUUCUAUCAUACAUGUCAGCAAAGAUACUCGACAACAUCCAAGUCUCCAUACGAAAUGUCCACAUCAUAUAUGUUGAUUCACACAAAGACCAAGGGAACUUCAUAUUUGGUUUGGAAUUCAACAGUCUCUCAAUACAAACAGAUACGCAGAAGCAAAGUUUUGCCAUGUCAUUGAUGGCUAGGUCCAGACAAGAUGAAGUAAACAAGAAAAUAGAUAUAUCAAAUGUUGGAAUUUACUGUCAUCAGUUAGAAGAACAGCGUGAUCUAUAUGAUGUUGGUGCUCUUACUGAAGCUCAGUCUAGUUUCAGUCUUGGGUUGGCCCACCGGAGAGAUGAUUAUCUUAUAAAUCCAUUUUCUGUGUCUGUGUCUGUGCUUGCUAACAACUCUGUAAAGCGUGAUGGUGCACCUCAAUAUGACAUGACUGCAGAGUUAACUAAAUUGGUUUUAUCAAUUGAUGUAAUCCAGCUUCAGCAAAUUUUGGAUCUCAUUGAUCACUUCACCAUCUGUGCUUUGCGAACAAAGUAUGGUCGUUACCGUCCACCACAAAGCUUUUUAUCUAAGAGACAUAAAGGUUGGAGGAUAAGGUGGUGGCAUUAUGCUCAGGAUUCUAUUAUAGCAGAUGUUCGCAAAAGACUGAGGAAAACCUCUUGGAGGUUCUUGGGACAGAGACUGGGAUACCGUCGCAAAUAUGUCAAUUUGUAUCGAACAAAAUUGGAGCUAUUGCAGAAAGGACAGCUUGUAAGUAAAGACAUUCUACAGCAGCUGGAAAUUCUGGACAAAGAAUGUGAUAUAGAUGAUAUAGUUAACUACAGAACAAUUGCAGAGCAACAACUACAGGAGUUGGUGAAAUCUACGAAAGACAACUUUUCUAGUCCAGGAAGUCCUCAAAGUGAUGAGCAGUCAGCAGGGGCAGGUCGAGGAUGGUUAAACUGGCUUUCUCUUGGAAUGCUUGGUGCUGGUGGAACAGCUGACACUAGUUCAUUUGCUGGUGUUGUUUCAGAAGACAUUAUUAAGGAUAUAUACGAGGGGACGGAAUUUCAUCCUGUUUCCUCUACUGAAAAUCAUUUGACGAAAGAAAACUACUACUCUUUGAGACUAUCUGUUUCUCAGAUAAUCACAACUGUCACCUCAAGGAGGUUUGGCAUGAAGCUUGUUGACGCGAUGUUUACUGGGCUUGGUACUGAGUAUAAAAUAUGGGAUGAUUCAGCAACUAUCCUUGCCUGGCUCGAUUCACUUCAGAUUACUAACCCAGUGAAUGAAAAUAAAGUCGUGCUGGCAGAAAAGUGUAGCACUGGUGAUGGUCUGGGGAUACCUGUUAUCAGUGUUCAAGUUGACUUUCCAAAGUCAAACGAAAACACAGAAGCUUCAACACAGGUUGUUGUUCAGGAAUUCAGUGCCAUCUACGAACCGGAAUUCUUCUUUAAUCUCCUGCACAUCUAUGACUUGUUUUCCUCUUUCCAGUUUCAGCAUGAUAGGGUGCUUUCCUCACUAAAUCGUUUUGAUAAUUUUGGGACAAGACUUCUCUCCAAACUAAAGUACAUGUCUGUGAACCGAAAGAAGCUUCUUUGGGAUUUAAGGAUUCACCACUUCAUUGUUAGGCUACCAUCACAAAAUUGUGGAAGAGAAGAACUUACUAUGGUUUUUGAGGCUGCAGAUGUAUCCAUGCGAUCCAAAGAUACAGUUGCGGAUGAUUCUCAGACACAAGAAGCCAAUUCUUUUCUUGAUUACAUGUCAAAGAAAACUUCAAGUUAUUGUUCUGACAACCUGCUACCUGGCUUAGAAUUUGAUGACCUAUACAAGUAUUUUGAGGUUAGCCUCACCAGAUUUGAGGUGAAGGUGUUGAUGUCUGCUAAAUGUGAUAUCGCUUCCACGUUGGUCAAAGUGGAUGCUUCCAUUAUAUUUGGAUUGUGCGUAUUUCUGGAUGAACCAAUGCUGAAACAGUUGGAGAUUGCUUCUAUUGUGCCAUCUCUCGACAUAUACUUCUCUCAGACAAUGUACAGCGCUAUUGUUAAUUUGUGUACCUAUCCGAAAGAAAGUAACAUAGUUGGAAACAACACUUCUGAUGAUUCCAUGUCUACUGGACCCAAGAAACCAGCCUUAAAUAUGUCUGCAUCCCUCAAGCUGGACAAAUUGAAUUUGAGGGUCGACCUUGAAGACAAUGGAAAUGAAUGUUCAGUCAUCACUGUGGGUGUUCGGGAUAUUGAUAUCAGGUAUGCUAUCUGGGAAUUGUCAGAACUUUGGAUCAUUACCAAGAUGGUUGAAAUCACUUCCGCUGGUCUGGAGGACAGAUCGAACUUGCAUGUGCUAUGUUCUUCAGGAAGCUAUAAAACUAGCACAGCAUGUCCUGAAAGUUCUGCUGCGGAGGCUUGCUUAAAGCUGCAUUACAAAACUCAUAAAUAUAAUGAACAAGUUCAUCAUGUGUACCAGCUGAACUUAAAUGAUGUUGAUCUGCAUGUUAAUCCUUCUGUAUUUGGUCAGAUAAACAAGUUUUUGAGAAAUCUUGAUGCAGUAUCUCCAGCUGGCAGUGCUGUUGUGUCCAAAGCGGCUGAUCAGAGUUCCAUGAAACCUGAAACGGCUAAUGCCAAAUUUCCCAAUCUCUCAUUGUCAAAUUUCUGCGGCACUGAGAGCACAUCAUUUGGAGGAGUUUCUGUAGAUCACUUCCCCUUCUUACAUACUGAUAUCAUAUCUGGACAUAAUUUUGCAUGUUUAGAAACUCAAGGUGUCCAGGCCUUGGAUAUUACAUCCUCAAAGAGUAGACAGUGUGAUGAGAUUUCAGGUUUAAAUGGCUACAGUGCAUCAGAGCUUGCAAACAAUGUACAAUGCAAAACUGAGCAUUCUAACUGUUCAUCCACCUCACCAAAUAACACUAAGAAUGUCAACUCAGCCAUUAUAGAUCUAUCACUUGUUUCGGUUAGAGCACAUUUCCAUGAAUCUUGUGGUAUUUUAGCAACACUUACUAUUCCUGAGUCCAUAGCAACACUCUCAUUGGCAGACGCAACCUCCUGGGACCUGUUAUUGUCAGCUAAAGAUGUAAUGCUUGCUUCACCGUGGACGCCACCAAGUAUCGAUAAGCUACUCUGGGGAACUUAUUCGCAUGGUAAUGCUAAUGCACUCAACAUCCGUGUUAAAAAAGACUUAUCUGCACUCUCGACUGAAGUAUGUAUUGGAGUUCAGAAUGUUUGCUGUGUAUUACCAUCAAAGUUGCUGGCUAUGUUUACUGGAUAUUUUUUGUUGGAUGAUUGGAAUCCUAUGGUGGAACAGCACCACUCUGUGCCAAGCAAUAAUCAUGAGUGCCCUGGAGAAUCUCAUGACAGUAUCACUUACAAAUUUGAGAUAUGUGAUUGUGCUAUAUUUUUUCCUGUUGAAAAUCAAGAAACAUUUUGUAUAAAGCUUGGGGUUCCAUUUUUUUUCUGCGAGUUCAUUCCAACUGGAAUUUCGGCAGAAUUUGUAAAGCGUAUACCCAAAGAAUUCUUCAGUUCAGAGUGUGCGCUUUCAAGUAGAGCUGAUGUCAUCAGCCUAUGUUCAAGAAAUGCAUCCAUAUCACUUGUAUUCCUGACCGAGCAAACAAAUUUCAUCCUGAAGCUUGAUGAGGACAUGCCCACCAAGAUCCAGUCUCUCGUGGAAAAUGUUGAUGCUGGUAUAUGGAUUCAAGUUCCUUGCAAAGAACUAUCCUGCUCCGACCAGCCAUCUUUGCCAACAUUCAUUAUGAGUAAAAUAUCAAAAUGUGACUUGAUUGCUGAAGAUCUCUAUUUUAUGGAUGGCAUGGAGGCAGUUUCUCGUAUUACUGAUAAGUUAAUUUCAAUCGGCAAAGAAAGUAAAAUGUACAAAGGCAAUGCCAAGCAGUUUUUAGAGAAUAGAAGUUUGAAUGAGGAGAGCUCUGAAUCUAAUGAUCCCACCAAUAUUACUAUUUCUAUCAAGGAUCUAAUGGUUCUCUUUGGUCACUCAAAAGAUAAGGGUUUGCCAUUGGAGAAGGUUGCCACUGCAAACCUUGAGUUUGAUGUCUCUGCUGUUAUUGUUGGUGAAAAACCUGAACGCAUUGACACUGAUAUUGUCUCUUUAGCUCUGCGGUCAUCUGGGGGUAACACACUUGUCUCCAUAAUUUCUGAUGAGCCAUCAUGUCCUGUCCUAAUCAAGUUAGUAAAGCAUCAUGCGGGGCGAGAUGAGAUUUUAAUUGCUGUACCUUUCAUCGAGACCUGGUUAUACUUAGUUGAUUGGGAUGUCAUUAUCAAUCAUUUCCAUUCCUAUAUAAGAAAGGAAGAGAACAGUUUGCAUGUGGGACAUUCGGCAGCUCUGCCCCGUUUUUCAGACUCUGCAAUGUCAUCAUUUCUUGCAUCAGAUUUUGAUUCGCGAGACGAUUCUGACUUGGUGGUAACAUGUGAAAAUAUUGCAGUUGUAAUUCAUGUACCUAUCUGGGAGAAAGAGAAAAAUCAGCCAAGCAGUUAUACAGCGAUAGAUACGAGUUCUAGUUCUUGUUUAACACAAGAUGAAACAAGAGGUUGCAAGUUUAUCAGCCUGACUUGCGAGAGUAAACAUUUUGUGGUCAUGGUAGGUGACAGUUGGGUGAAGUUCAGAUGUGAUUUAGAUAGAGUGAAGAUAAUACUGGAAAUGAUUCAAGGGAACAAGGGUACCUCUGUUCCUUUUAUGCAUACAUCUAAGAUUAAAGCUGGUGGUUAUAUUCAUAAAUCAGAAACAGACUUGCUACAUCUUUCUGUUGAUCUACAAGCAGAAUACUUGGAUGUUGGUUUUUCGCACCAGAUAUUUAGUUUCUGGCGUAGUGUGGAACUCCGAUAUCCUAAAUCAUCAUCGGCUUCCUCAUUUUGUUCUGUAACACUGAAGGUGGGAUUGAGAAAAGGUUCCCUUCUGCUAAAUGAUGGAAGGUGGAGCAGUCAUGGGCCUGUCAUAGAGACCUUGGUGAAGAACUUAUCUCUGAAAUUUAGUCAAAUGGGUGAUGAGACUGAAGUUUGCACUGUUGUUGACUUUUUAGUAAAUUACAACAAUAUUGACAAGGUUAUGUGGGAGCCUUUUAUAGAACCUUCAAGUUUUCAGUUAAAUGUACUUCAAAAAUGUGCUGAUCAUGCAUUGGAUAUGUCUCCCAGUACUGAGGUGUCGCUGAAUUCAGGCGAGCAGCUUAAUCUAAAUAUAUCAGAGCCCUUGAUCGAGGCUAUCUUCAGACUUACUGAGAUGAUCACAGAUUCUCUUAAUCCAAGUAAUGGAAGUGGUCUUCAAGAAGAUCCUGGUAUCCUGAGGUUGAGCCGUGAUGACAUGCACACCAGAAGAUACGCGCCAUAUAUUCUCUCAAAUGACACAUCAUUGCCAUUUAAAUUCAAGGUGUAUCGUGGUGCUGUUAAUUCAGAUGACAUUGAUAGUUUCUCUGUAGUAGAUGAAAAUUAUGUGCCAGCAGGAUAUUCUGUCCCAAUUUAUGUUGAAGAAGCUCUAGAUGAAUUCUUCUUCCAGCACAGGGAAGCACGAUCUUCUGAACACCUCAUCGAGAAAUGGAUGGGUGCAGUGUCACACUACAUGAUCUCCAUUGAGUUUGAGGGAACUUCUUGGUCCUCUAAGCCAAUGUCAAUUGAUCUUGUGGGCAUUUACUUCUUUGAAGUAAACUUCUCUUCAAGUAAGAAGCCAAUUCUUGGUGGAGAAAGCUUGGAAGCAUUUGGGUCUAAUAGAAAGAGUAGUCAUCAUGAUGGAUUAAUUGUGCCUGUAGUACUUGAUGUUUCCUUACAGAACUACAGCAAACUUGUACGAGUUUACUCAACGGUCAUACUCUGCAAUGCAACAUCAAUGCCCCUCGAGUUGCGAUUUGAUAUACCAUUUGGUGUUUCUUCAAAGGUAAUAGGACCAGUUGCUCCAAACAAAGAGAUUCCCCUGCCAGUUCAUUUGUCUGAGGCUGGCCAGAUUAGGUGGCAUCCCGUUGGCAGAACUUAUUUGUGGAGUGAAACCCACUCCCUAUCAACUUUGCUUUCACGCGAAAGUAGGGUUGGGUUUAUGAAAUCGUCUGUGUGCUAUCCUUCUCACCCUAGUAAUGAUCCAUUUCGCUGCUGUGUAUCUGUUGAAGAGUACAGUGUUCCUUCAUCUAGUAGUGCCCAGAAAGGUAAGUACUGCACUGAAUAUUUGAAUACACAACAAAUUCUGGGAAGUCCUGCUCCAAAGGCUUCUAAGCAAAUGUUCACAAGGACACAUUUCAUCCGGCAAGUCAGACUUAGUACACCUCUUCUCAUAAGGAGUUAUCUCCCUGUGUGCAUAUCUUUGACAAUAGAUAAUGGUGGGGUUGCACAUCAGGUCUCACUUAAUGAGGUAGGUACUGCCUCUAUUUAUUUUGUUGACCCCUCCAACGAUCUUGGAAUCACAUUUCACAUUCAAGAUUACAGAUCCUUGGCCAUAAAGUUUCCUCGUGUAGAAUCAUUCUCUACUGGAGCUAAAUCAAAUGGCUUUAAAUUCUCCCUAACAGAGACGCUUGCAUUCUACUCAAAUGUGUCGAAAUGUCCUUUCAAUGUUACGCUAGACAAAGCAACAGAUGCUCAUUCUGGUGCAAGAGAGCUGCACCUUUCUGUGCCAUUUCUGUUGUACAAUUGCACGGAUCUCUUGCUUACAGUCACAGAAAGUAACUAUGAGAGGAACGGGUCCACAGUUGUGAUUCCUUGUAGUUUUGAGAUAGAUGGGCACACAAGACAUGUGCUCGGAAAAAAUGGUCUUUCUCUUGUUUCAGAAGACCCGUCCAUACAGAGGUUUGCAAGUAAAAUGCCACAGUUGGAUUUUGUUGAUGGAUGCAGCUCUUAUUCAAACAGGAGGGAUGCAAAUAACAGUGAGCAUGUGCAGAAAGAAUGUGAAGAGGCCAAAGCUUAUAUGUUUGCACCUGCUGGACAUACACCCGCAACUGAACUUUUGGUUAAGCUGAAUGCAUCUGUACCUAAUAGCGGAACGGAAACCACUCGACGGGAUUGGUCAAGUCCGUUUCUCCUUUCCCAUGCCAGUGGUCCAACGAGUCUUACUAUUCCACAAUCAUCUACUUCCAGUGCCUUUUUAGUUGCUGUAGCAUCUAUACCUGUUUCAACGGAACUCUUUGGGAGGACAAAGGCUAUUGCUUUCCAGCCCAGAUAUGUUAUUUGUAAUGCAUGCAGUAGUGAUCUGUUCUAUAAACAAAAGGGUACAAGGUUUUCUAAGCAUUUAAGUUCUGGGCAACACUCUUUUCUUCACUGGGCUGAUACAGCGAGAGAGUUGCUUGUCUCCAUUCGAUUUGACGGGCCAGGAUGGCAAUGGUCUGGUAGUUUUUUCCCUGACCGCCUGGGAGAUGCUCAAGUGAAAAUGAGGAAUAGUGCCUCAGGUGUAUCAAACAUGGUUCGAGUGGAAGUACAAAAUGCCGAUCUAGACAUACACAGCAACAAAAUUGCUGGAAGAAACAAUAUCAUUACUGGUACAAUACUGAUUCUGCUUUCUGAUGACAAAACUGGUUUUGUACCAUACAGGAUUGACAACUUUUCGCUGGAGAAACUGCGGAUAUAUCAGCAGAGAUGUGAAUCUAUUGAAACAAUUGUAUAUCCUUACACGUCAUGUCAAUAUGCCUGGGACGAACCUUGCUAUCCUCAUCGUCUUACUGUUGAGGUUCCUGGGGAACGGAGUCUAGGUACAUACAAUCUGGAUGUUCUCAGUGAUGAUGUUCCUGUAUCCCUACCUUCCACACCCGAGAAAGUCGAAAGAAAAUUCAGCAUCUCGGUGCAUGCAGAGGGAGCAAUUAAGGUGCUCAGUAUUUUUGAUUCAAAUUGUCACAACAUGGACAAAAAAGGAACAGGUUUCCUUGGAUCAAGGGAACCAAAAGAUGCUGAUCAGAAACACGAGAUCGAGUUACACUUCACUGAAGUUAUCAAAGUACACUUACCAUUCAUAGGGAUAUCUUUGAUAAGCUCUUCUCCUCAGGAGUUGUUGUUUGCUUCUGCCAAAGAUAUGACAAUUGUUGCCAUGCAGAGCUUAGAUCAGCAGCGAGUCACGGUUGAAAUACAAAGUAUGCAAAUUGAUAAUCAGUUCUCUGCUAGCCCAUACCCUGUCAUGCUGUCAUUUGAGGGAAAUCAUAAGGGAAAAUCCAUGAAUAUUUUGAAGAGUAAGCAAAGAUCCCUAAAUGAGAGUAAGACUUCUUCUAAUACCGAACAGCCUGUGCUGCACUUUGCUGCAGUUAAAUGGAGAACUAGAGAUGCUUCAUUCGUUUCGUACCAAUGUAUAAACAUAAGUGUAGAACCUUUCCGCCUCGAACUUGAAGAGCGACUUGUCCUGAGCAUGAUUGACUUUUUUAGAUCUGUUUCCUCUAGAGUACAUUUUGGGCAGUUGGAGAGAAGUGUUGACUCGAGUAUUUUGCACGGUGCUACUGAUAUUUUUGGUGAACACGAGAAAGUUUCAAAACACUUGUCAGACAAGCCCCAAAGUUCCUACACGGCGGAUGCAGAUCAAGACAGUGGAAUUCUGCCUUCUGUUAUCCCAAUUGGUGCACCAUGGCAACAGAUACACCUAUUAGCCAGGAAACAAAAGAAAGUAUAUAUUGAAUUAUUUGAGUUGACUCCUGUCAAGUUGACUUUCAGUUUUACUAGCACUCCAUGGCUCAAUAGGAAUGAAGGCGGCUCAGACCCCAGCACAAGCUUCAACAACAGUACUGCAAUUCAGCGAGGCCUUAUGGCUCUCAUUGAUGUUGAAGGAGUGCCAGUUCAUCUUGGAGAAAUAAUGGUGGAAAAUCUUAUGGCAAGCUGGCAAUCUAUUCAAGACAUUCUCGUAAGGCAUUAUAGCAGGCAGUUGCUUCAUGAACUAUAUAAGGUUUUUGGCUCUGCUGGCGUUAUAGGGAAUCCUAUGGGUUUUGCCAGGAAUGUUGGGUUUGGUUUAAAAGACUUCAUGUCUGCCUCGCGGAAAGGGAAAUUGCAGAGUCCUGUUGAGCUAUUAAAUGGUAUCGCACAAGGUUCAAAAAAUCUUAUUGGAAGCACAGUUUAUGCAGUCAGUAGUGCCACUUCUCACUUUAGUAAAACUGCCUAUAAGGGUCUCGUUGCAUUUACAUAUGAUGAUCAAGCUGCUUCUAAAAUGGAUGAACGGGAAAGACAGCUAGGCUUGCAUGGAGAAGGAGUACUUAAUGGGUUUCUAGAGGGUCUGACUGGGCUUCUCCAAUCACCAAUCAGGGGUGCUGAGAGACACGGUCUUCCUGGCGUUAUCUCAGGUAUAGCAAUGGGAACAGCUGGGCUUGUGGCCAGGCCUAUGGCCAGUAUUCUUGAAGCCACAGGCAGAACUGCACAAAGCAUAAGGAACCGAAGCAAUCCUCAUGAAUCUAACCGCCUGCGUGUCCGUUUCUCGAGGCCAGUGGCCAGAGAUCGUCCUUUGUUCCCGUAUUCCUGGGAAGAAGCAAUUGGAGUAUCUUUCAUUCUCCAAGCUGAUGGUGGCAGGCUAAAGGACGAGACAUAUGUCAUGUGCAAGACACUCAGAGAGCCUGGAAAGUUCCUUGUGCUUAGUGAGAAACUGCUUCUGCUAGUCUCGAGCCCGUACUUGGUGGCUUUAGGUUCACCGCAGUUCGUCGGUGUUCCUCCUGACCCACAGUGGGCGAUUGAAACAGAGAUGAACCUCAAAUCCAUUGUUCAUCUGGACAGAGCUCAGGAGGUAGUAAACAUUGUCGGGAGUAAUGGAGAAACAUCACCACGGGACAAAAGGGGUAGAGCGAGAGACAUUGCCAUGAGCUCAGCCUUUACUCCCCUGUUUCAUUUCAGCGUGGAGCUGCCAAACGUGGAAGACGCAGAGGGUACGCUGCAGUUCUUAACAGCACUUAUUGAGAAGGGGAAGGCGAGAAGAUGGGAUAAGAACAUCCUUCACCGAAGCAAUAUUAGCUGAGUUUGCUGGGUCUAAGUCCUUGCUAAAGUUCUUAUCAGUGGGAGCCGUCAGCAUAUACCUCAGAGGUCACCAGCCAUGAUUACUUCCCAGCGUCCCCUGGAUGUCGAUGGCCCUUGGAACAACCGAAAUUUUGGCUGCUGAAUCCAUACGAGAUGUUUGCGGAGGCGCCUGAAGCACAUGUAUAGUCAUCCAGAAGCACCUGCUGCCUGUGGAUAGAUACCAGGAACUGGAGAAGGUAGCGUGUAAGUUUGUUAAUAUCCGUAGCUGGGAAGUGAUCCACCACGGAACAGUUAGCGGGCGUUAGAGAAUUUUGUAGACCAGAUGUAAACAUGUAGGCUUAGAGAAUUUUGUCCAUAGCUCCUGUAAAAAUGCAAGUGACAUACGAGAUAUUGGUUAUCCGCUAUCGUUCUUAAUUGCCUGCCGAAAGUCAUUCUUGAUUCUGUAGUACCAGACUGUUAAGAGAUGAAUUUUACACCA